AUGCCAUCAACAUACUGUCUUCUCUCAAAUGGAGGACUCCAUUUCCUCCCGUAUCACAAUUCGAACUCGACCGAUAUUUCACUAACGCGAAGUGAUAUUGGCGAGAAUACAACAGGAACAAAGGAUUCUGGACAGAGUAUGCCUUUGCCCUCACAGUCUGCAUUUGGCAUUGCCUCCAGUUCGUCUCUUCCCGGAAUGGUGCCAAAAGAUAGCUCGAGCCGCAUUUUUUCCACAAUUUUCACCAGCAAGGCCAGAAACCAGUAUCCACAGCAAACAUCAUCGAUUAUGGGGAUUUCAUCCAACAGUGUAGCAUCUACAGUAUCGUCCUCAUGCCAAUCGUGUGUCUCGAAUGCUGAUUGGCCGGUUUCAGGUGGGAAACAAGAUGAUUAUUCAUUGUCGAAAAGCCGGUCGACUUCGCCAUCAGUGGCUAAGGAAGUGGAGAAAUGCUGUGCACAUUCGAUUUAUCUCCCCGAUCGGUACAUCGAGCCAUCCGAAUCGUCCAAUCAGAAGCUGCAGGUGAGGCAAAUGCUUCUAGAAAUCUUUCCAGAGUGGGGAAACAACGAGGAUUUCAUAGAACUUCAUGAACUUACAGGCGGGAUUACCAACAUGCUGUUGAAAUGUACCUAUAAAGGCCCGGAAAACGUCCAAAACGGGUACAAAACUGUCCUGAUACGGACAUAUGGUCGCGGAACUGGGUUGCUUAUAGACCGGGAUCGUGAGUUUGUGUCGCAUUUGGUGCUCAACUCGUACAAUUUGGCCCCCAAAGUGUUUGCCAGGUUUGGAAAUGGCUUGGUGUACGGGUUUAUAGAAGGCCGGGCUCUUCACUUUGACGAGCUUUCGAACCCCAGUGUGUAUCCUUUUAUAGCGUCUAGAUUAGGCCAAUGGCAUCGCACUGUGAGAGUCAAAGUGAUAGAAGAGGGCUUGAGGCGGAUGCGGCUUGAAUUUAGGCAAAGUGAGAAAGUCGAGGUGUCAAAAAAAAGGCCUGGCAAUAUUUGGGAGCUUAUAAAAGGGUGGAUAGACAUUCUUCCGCAGAUCAAAGGUCUGGUAGCAGUUUGCGACAAGAACCAAGACCUUCAGCAGGUAAGAAUGGAUGCAAAAGAUCCAGAAUCGAUCCAGUUGACUCUCAAACAGAUCCUUUCGAGAGAACUGGAGUGGCUAGCAAGCGAAAUUGGUGAUUGCUCUCCCCAGGUAGCUGCUCACAGUGACCUUCUCUGUGGAAACAUCAUAAUACCAAGUGAGCUUUCGAGAGAAUUGGAGGAGGCAGGUAGAAACAGCAAAAUUUCAACCAGACACUUGCAUUUUGAUACAAACCCGAUCUCCUUUAUAGAUUACGAGUACAUGAUGCCGGGUCCAAGAGCUUUUGACAUCUCAAACCAUUUUCAGGAAUGGCAAGGGUUUGCAUGUGAUAAGAGCCUGAUUCCUAAACCCGUGCGGACAAACCAACUUUUGCGCAAGUGGUGUAUGUCGUAUUUGCAGAAAGACGGCAGUGAAGUGACCGAAGUUAUGAUUGAUGACCUCAUAGAUGAAAUUUCCCUGUAUUAUGGAAUGCCGGGAUUCUAUUGGGGCAUUUGGGCCGGAAUCCAGAGCACUAUAUCAUUGAUUGAUUUCGAUUACGGUGGUUAUUCUGGCCAGCGGCUUGUGGAGUACUGGAAUUGGAAGAGAUGGUAUUUAAAGGAGAAGGGGAGCAGGCUGUAUAAAUGUGUGAAGUGA